CCAACCUCCUCUCCCGCAAAACUCGCCUCCACUUUUCUUCACCCUCCAAUCAAGUAUGGCCAAAGGAGGCAGCAAGCUAACAAAACUCAAAUCAGUUCUUAAGAAACUAAACUCAUUCAACAGCAAGUUGCAGCAAAGCCGCUCCACCGUAACCGCCUUAGGCGCCACCUCCGAUGAUCAGUACUCACCGGUCCACUCCGGCGAUCUCCAUCCCGUCUACGUCGGCAAGUCCCGCCGGCGCUACCUCGUCAGCUCCGAUAUCGUUGAUCAUCCGGUGUUCCGAGAGUUGGCUGGAAGGUCCGCCGACUCCAACGACGAAACUAUCAAUGUAUCGUGCGAAGUUGUGCUGUUCGAGCAUUUGCUCUGGAUGCUCGAGAAUGCCGAUCCCUAUACCGAGUCGCUGGAGGAACUCGUGGAGUUCUACGCCUGUUGACCUCACCUCCGAGAGGGUGAUAAACAUAAACAGAAAGAAAGAUUGCAGCAAAUGGGAGGUGUGGGUCCACCAUCUUUUAUGUUUGUCACGAAGAUCUUUUCCAAGUGAAGUACAGUUUGUAAAGUUGAUCCAAUCCCCCAACUUUUUACAUUUUACCAAUGUAAUUAAUUAUUUCUGCCAUUUCCAUUGAGCAUGAGUUUCAAACUCAAUGGAUUUUUUCUAAACCCCAACUUUUUCAUUUUAGUACCUGUAAAUCACUUCAAGGCUUGUUUAAAU